ACACAUACACAUUCAUACCUACACACACACACACACUGCAUCUGCUGCCACUGAGAGACUCCCCUGCUGCAGAGAAGGCAAAUGAAUGAUCCAAAAGCCCAUUUACAUUCCACAGGUCGGAUAAAGUGCUGCUGUGACUGCCCACUGCCUCUCGGCUCCAACCUGAUUAAACUUGCAUCCUAGCACUUGUAUUCCGGCAGCUGCCCCACUCACAGCACUCCAGGAAUUCUCUGCCACUGCCGCAAAAAAACUAUGAGAAACUGAUGAGGAUCAGAGCUGCCUGCUGCUAUUUGGAUCUGUAAGUCAGAGCAGCAGCAAUGUCCAAGCCAUCACGUUUGGCCAGGCCCUUGCCGUCUCAUGUACCCUCUAAGCCGCCUAUGAAUAGGAAAGAAGAUUUUAGCAACCGAGGAAGGAAAAGCAGCUUAGGAGAGAAGAUUCUGCGAGCAGGCAGCGAAGGGAACCUGACUAGGCAGCAAGGGCAGGCAGCCCAAAUAGCCAGCAGGCAAGCCGGCUCCAGCAGCAGCACCAAAGGCCAAUCAAAACAUAUUCAAGGCUCAUCCCUGGAAAAUAUAGAAUUUCAUCAGUCAAAAGAGAAUCUUACUAAUGGGAACAGUCACAUUCCACAAAAAUCUGGGCGGAAUAUUCCAAGGAGACAUACUGUAGGGGGCCCUCGAAGUUCUAAAGAGAUUUUAGGAAUGCAGACAUCGGAAAUGGACAGGAAAAGAGAGGCUUUUCUAGAACACCUCAAAUACAAAUAUCCUCAUCAUGCGACUGCAAUUAUGGGCCACCAGGAACGGCUGAGAGAUCAGGCCGUGCAGUGCAUGUUGGCCACACUUCAUUCUGAACUUGACAUUCAAAGGUACUUGAUGAAAAUUGAAUCCUCUCAGAGAACAAAAAGUCCGAAGCUGUCUUCAAGCCCACAGCCGAGCGUAGGAGACCCGGCAGAACAUCUGUCAGAGGCGUCUGCUGAUUCCGGAGACAUGAUGUUCGAAGCGGAUUCGGCAGUGCCGUUUGUCCGAGGCAGUCGCACAAGAGCCAGCCUUCCGGUGGUCAGAUCCACAAAUCAAACGAAAGAGAGAUCACUUGGUACGCUCUUCCUACAGUAUGGCGACGAUACCAAGAAAAUGCAGAUGCCCAAUGAAAUCACAAGCGUAGACACGAUCCGUGCCCUGUUCGUAAGUGCCUUCCCCCAGCAACUGACAAUGAAGAUCCUGGAAUCGCCCAGCACAGCCAUUUAUAUUAAGGAUGAGGGCCGAAAUGUCUAUUAUGAGCUCAGCGAUGUCAGGAACAUACAAGACAGAUGCUUCCUCAAAGUCUACAAUAAAGACCCUGCGCAUGCAUUUAACCACACUCGUGGGGCGGUCAAUGGAGAUGUAAGGAUGCAACGAGAUAUUUCCUACUCGGUUCGGGAAGGCCCGGCGAUCCAUAGGCCUGGCUCUGCUACAUACCCCUCCCAUGCUGGCCCAGUGUCACCCCCUCCCACACCUGUUCCCCACUCCAUGCCAUCAUCUCCAUCAAGAAUCCCCUAUGGCGGUGGGAGGCCUGCAGUGGUACAGAGCAACACCAUGCAGAGGGAAAGAAUACCAAGCGUGCCGGCACCUAGAUCCAUAUCUCCUAGCCCCAGUGCUAUUUUGGAAAGGAGAGACGUAAAACCAGAUGAGGACAUGGGCAAUAAAAAUGUCCAGCUGCUAAGGAAUGACAGCAUUUACCAAGACCCUUAUUUAUACCAUGAAGGACGGAUGAGUAUGGCAUCAUCACAUGGUGGGCACCCUCUCGACGUCCCUGAUCAUAUUAUUGCAUACCACAGAGGGUCCUUGAGAUCUGCAAGCACUUAUUCUAAUUCUUCUAUGCAAAUGGAGAUGAUGGAACAAUCCAUGUACAGACAAAAAAGCCGUAAGCACGUAGAGAGUCACUUACCGACACUUGGUUCUAAAACUCCCCCAACCUCUCCUCACAGAGUGGCUGAUAUAAGGAUGAUGGAGAUGCAUGCCCAUAAUGCCCAUCUGCCUCCCCACGGCAUGCAGGCCGACAGAUCUUCUCCUCUCCGUCAGUCAUUUAAAAAGGAGCAAGGGCCUGGCAUGUUUGUAGAAGCUAAAGUGCGAAACACAGGUGGAAUAAUGGGCAUGGCGGACAUUGUCCCAUCUCCUACCGAUAAGCAAGUAUUUGGAGGGUAUGGAGUAGCUGUGCCACCAAAAGACCCCUAUACAAGAGAGAGGAUGCAUGCCAUGGAGAAACAGAUUGCCAGUUUAACUGGUCUUGUUCAGACUGCACUUUUGAAAGGGCCCAGCCCAAACAACUCUGCACCUAGCGACAGAGUCUUAAAAUCAGCCAACGGCAGCGCUUCAAGCUCAGAUCGGCCAGGAAAUCAAGGUGUUGCUGCUGCAAAGAAUUCAUUGGCCAUUUCAGAAACAAUAACUGUUAUCAACCAGCAGUCGUCUACCUGCUCGCAGGAAAUGCACGUCAGCCUACAGGACAUGAGGCGCAAUGUGGCCGAACUUCGUCUUCAGCUGCAUAAGAUGAGACAACUGCAGCUGCAGAACCAGGAGACGGUGAGGCUGAUGAUGAAGAAAGCGGAGAUGGAAAUCAGCAGCAAAGUGACUGAGAUGGUCAAGGGCCUGGAGGACCCGGUGCAGAGACAGCGCGUCUUGGUGGAACAAGAGCGCCAGAAGUACCUCGGUGACGAGGAACAAAUUGUUGCAAAGUUGUGUGACCUUGAAGACUUUGUGGAAUCCCUUAAAAAGGAUCAGAGCACAUCCCAGAGGUCGAUCACCCUAAAGGACGUUGAGGAUCGGGCCUUCAUGCUGCGCCAGAUAGGAGAGGCUGUUUCCAACCUGAAAGGAGAGUUUCCGUACCUCCAGAAUAAGAUGCGGGCCGUCUUGCGUGUGGAGGUGGAGGCCGUCAGAUUUCUGAAAGAGGAGCCCCACAAACUGGACAGCUUACUGAAAAGGAUCCGAAACAUGACAGAUGCCCUUUCUGCCUUAAGAAGACACGCCACUGACGGAUCCUCCAAAUCCAUUGACAACAAUCAGACCAGCCAGGUUCUAAUAACAGAAAGAGUAACUGAGACUGAUUCACUCCAGGUCCAUGAGGAAAAGUCCCAAGUGUACCUUCAGCCAACACAAACUGAUGGAGGAGCAGCAGUGGAAUCGCCGACCACAUCUGUUAAAUCGGAAGUGGUUCCCCUGUCGGCCGGCCUCAGAGUCCAUCAAGUUCAAAGUUCUCCGGUUCUCAUGCAGCAGUCCCAGCACUCGUCUGCACUCGUGAACCACACUCCUGCCCCCAGUACCCAGAGCAGUCACAGCACAGAAUUACUAGUGAGCCAUCAAACUGCCAGCGUGCCACCCAGCGUCACCCCAGAAAGUGCAAGGAGGAACCCACCGACGGCCGCACAGGAAGGAUCUUCCAAGCAAAGUCUUUUUAUUGAGGAAAUGAGUCAAGUGACUUACAGGAACCGAGCGGUGUCCAUUGAGGAGGCAGAGAGAAAAUUUGAAGAGAAGAGACAGAAUCUUGAUCAUUAUAACGGAAAGGAAUUUGAGAAAAUGCUGGAAGAAGCACAAGCCAGUAUCAUGAAGGCCAUUCCCAGCUUAGAGGUGCCAGCCCAGUCCCAGAAAGUGGAGAUUGUGGACAAAAAAGAGGUCACGGAGGUAAAAACCAUAAUGGAGCAGGAUAACGAUAAAGUAACAAAGUCUCCCCCUCCACCACCACCUCGUCGUAUGUACCCACCAGGAUCUGGACUGAACAGUGUAUGGACAGCAGAAUCAACGUUCUUGGUCAGGAAGGACAGCAGCAAGGAUUCGGAGGAAGCCCUUCCUAAGGUGCCAUCAAAGGCAGAAACUGAAGAGCCUCAUCUUCAGUCGGUGGAGGCUACAGUCAAGUCUUCUGCCGUAAAGGAUGAGGAUGAAGAAGAGGAAGGAGCAAGGAUUAUGGCUGAACUUCAGGCCUUCCAGAAGUGUUCUUUUGUGGAUGUAAAUCCUAAAAGCCCAAAUGAGCUUUCUAAAGCAGAUAGCCAAGAUUACAGAGCUACAGCUGUAACCCAAGCUAAAGAGAAGAAGGUUUCAAAAGAGGGUUUAAAUGCUGAAAAGCCAGAAGAAAAGUGGAAAAUACAAAAUCCAGCAUCUGAAUCUGCAAAAAUUAGGCAGGGAGAUACUGUAAUUGUGAAUGAGACCUUCAGUCUGUUUACAGGAAGGGAGAAAUAUGGUGAGUGCCAAACUGAUAAAGAGAUCUUACCUGCCCAGGAAUGUGAGAAAGGAGAUGGGUCCCCACUUGUGAGCCCAGCAAUCCUUGAGAAGAGACUCAUCAGUUUUAGCACAUCAAAAGAAACAGAGAGUGGGAUCCCUCAACCCAAAAGAGAAGUGUUAAAUGUCAAAGUUGGGGAAAUUUUGCAUGUAGAAAAGAAGGAAGAGGUGCUAGAAAGUCACAUGACAGCUUUAAAGUCAUUAAAUGAGCAUGAAAUGCCUUAUAUGGACAUGGGCCAAACUGUUGUAUUGAGACCUAAGUCAUCGAGAAGAAGUCUUAGUCAACAACAGUCUGAUGACUCCAAUUCUCCAACUACGUCACCGACUGAAACAACAUCUCCAGCAGAUAAUAUUGCGUUCAUGAUAACUAAAACUAAAGUCCAGGUGCUUUCAACUGGGGAGGUUCAGGACAUUGUCAGCCGUAAAGGAGAAGAUGUACAAACCUUCAACAUUGAUAGAGGGAAUAACGAGAAAAUACUCUCUGGGAAUUUAGAAAACAUUGGAUCUGAAGACCCAGUGGUCUGCACUGACAAGAAACCAGUCAUCAUCAUAUUUGAUGAACCAAUGGAUAUUAAAUCAGCAUAUAAGAGGCUUUCAACAAUAUUUGAAGAAGGUGAUGACGAUCUAGAAAAACACAUGUCAGAGGCUAAAAUAGACGAAGAAGAUGAAGAAGAGGAAGCAGAAGUUCCUUCACCCCAAGAAUCGAAAAAGGAGUUACCAAUGGAACAUACCACAAAAGCAUCCUCGGAGAAUCCAGGUUUGGAAAACAAGUACAGAUUCAACUAUCCAACUUUAGCCGAAAUGAAAAAGACCAUCUUCGAAGACGCCAAUGCCAUACAGACCCAUUUCACAGAGGAAGACAGGUCUGAAGCUUCCGAUGAUCAGCUUGGUCAAAGGCAGGAUGUCAAGAAAAAAUUCAAGUUUAAAUUUCCCAAAAAACAGCUCGCUGCGCUGACUCAAGCAAUCCGGACAGGGACAAAAACUGGUAAGAAAACAUUACAGGUUGUGGUCUACGAAGAGGAAGAAGAAGCAGAUGGGACUAUAAAACAACACAAAGAAGCAAAGAGAUUUGAAAUUGCAAGAUCAAGUAGCAAAGAGGACAAUGCCAAAUACGGCGCAGAAGCAGUGGGACUUGAGACGGACAUUCAGGCGUCACGGACAGAUGAGAUUAAAAGAACCACCUACAAGAUUCUAGACAGUCUUGAGCAAACCAUAAAGCAGCAGGAAAACCUGAUGAGCGAAAUGGCACCCAUAAUAGGGGCAGAGGCUUUAGAAUCUAGAGAGAAAUGUAAAGUCUCCAGUGACAUCAAGACUGGUGCAGCGGAACCAGUGGAAGAACCAAAACCUGUUGUAGAGACUCCUUCCUCCAUCCCUACUGCAGCACGGUUCCAGUGGAGGAGCACAAACCAGCAGAAUGCCAAUCCCAAUGUCUUCUAAAAGUAGGCAAGCAAACGUGGACAAAAGUAGCAAACAGCCCAAACUGCAGGAGCCGCAGCGCCAAUACAGACAGGUAGUUUUACCAUAGGCCAUCCCUUGGGAAGGACUUAUGCUUCUAAACUUCAAGCCACGUAACAGACUAAACAUAUCCGAAACAAGGAUUGUUUGCUUUCUCGAUUCUUUAGCUAAAACACCUGGAUCUGGUGGCAUGAAAACAAAAACCCUCUCUCACUUUUACCAUACUUAUGCAUGCCCGCAGUAAAACAUCUAUUGCUUUGUUCAACCUCGAGACAUUCGGCUACAAUGAACGAACAGGACAUAACUUUGUAUGGUAACGCAGCACUUGAAAGGGGUAACUGAUGCGUGCCUGGGGGUUAAGCUCUUCAGUACUAACCUGGGUAUGUUCAGUGCACUGCACUAAUGGCUUAUUGUCUCACCUUCAUUCUCUACUAUUAAUCCAUACGCAUGACCAGUGUAGGAAAGGAGUCACACGUUGGUUGACAAUGACUAGCCUUUGCUUCCUGGUACCUGACUUAACCCUGUUAGCUAAACUCUCACUUUGCUCUUAAAGAUUCCUCUGAGGGGACAAAAAGGUGUAUCUGUACAUGGGACUUUUCUCCAUUGCCUUUACUGGUGUAUUUCAUGAAGUGUUUUGACAAACCUGUAUCCUGCCAUCUUUAUUUGCAGGCUAACGGAGGUACUAAGAAAGCUGGUGGGGAUGUUAAGGCUUCUGCCCCUUCUUUAUCUGUUUCUAAGAUUCCAGGCCUUUCCUCUAACACUGGGAAAAGUGGCUCUGUGCCUGCUCAGUCUAGCGAGACCUCUAACCCCCCUAAUCCCUCUGUCAAGUCACAUGUUGCCAAUUCUAACCCCCAAGCUAGCCGCACCGCUAACCCUUCAGCCCUUGUACGUCCUGCUCACAAUGGCUCAUCCAAACUUCAGCCCCCGCCUACAUAUAAAGGUCACCAUCUUUCAUUCUCACCGCAGGCCUCAAAUGGCAGACCAGCUCUUCCCUCUACUACUGCUUCUAGUUCUUCUCCCCCUUCUUCUGUCUCUCCCACUUCACUGACUCAAGGUGUGAAGAGCAUCCGCACAAUCCAUACACCUAGCUUCACCAGCUACAAGUCACAGAACGGAAGUGCAAGCAAAGGCCUGAAUGCCAAGGAGACCUCUUAGGCCCACCAUGUCUGUUACUAGGUCUGCCGCCGCGUGCCAACAACUCCACCUUCUGCAGCUCAAAUGCACCAGUCACCGACUAACAGCCAAACCUGCCGCCAUUGUAAUUCAACCACCUCCUAUCUGUGUGCAGAGUCAUGGAGAUAGACAACUAAUACACGUGUGUGUGUGUAAAUAUUCAUGUAUGUGUGCAUGUGUGAUGAACAGGCGAGAGAAACGAGAUUGCGAGGACAGAGAUUAUUUUAUAUUAAAUAUUUUUUAACUAUGAAGUCUGCAACAACAACAAAACAAACGCUAGCGUGAAAUUUUAUCUGCAAAAAAAAGGCUAUUUUCUUUUACUUUAAUGCUGGCUACAAUUAAAGAUUUCUAUUUUUAUCAACUGUA